AUGUCUGCCCUCGGCCACAACGAAGGCGACGCUGUCGCCGCCGCCAAGGUCGAUAACGCCCAGUAUGCCUUCUCCCCCAUCGAGAAGGAACUAGGUCGCGGUUCGGUCGAUGCUGGCCGCCGCACCUCCAUCAUCGCCGAGGAUGAAGAAGACGAGCACAUAACCGAAGACGAUCUGCUCAACCUCCGCCGCGUCUCCGGCAAGAUCCCCUGGCAGGCUUACACGAUCGCCUUCUGCGAGUUGUGCGAGCGCUUCUCAUACUAUGGCUCCACUGUCGUCUAUGUCAACUUCAUCCAGCAGCCUCUUCCUGAGGGUUCCACCACUGGCUCCGACGAUGACCAGCCUGGUGCACUGGGUAUGGGCCAACGGGCGUCCACCGGCCUGACCACCUUCAACCAGUUCUGGUCCUAUGUUAUGCCUCUUCUCGGCGCCUACCUGGCUGAUGCGCAUCUCGGUCGCUUCAAGGCGAUUAACCUCGCCAUUGUUUUCGCCAUGGUCGGUCACAUCAUUCUGACCGCAUCCGCCGCUCCCAGCGUGCUGAAGAACUCCAACUCCGCCCUGGGUGCUUUUAUCGUCGGUCUGAUCGUUCUCGGUGUUGGCACCGGCCUCUUCAAGUCCAACAUCUCACCCCUGCUGGCCGAACAACAAACCACGCUCAAGAAGAAGAUUGUCACACUCAAGUCCGGGGAGCGAGUCAUUGUUGACCCAGCCGUCACCACCGCCCGCAUGUUCCUGUGGUUUUAUGUCUGCAUCAACAUCGGCUCUCUCGUGGGCCAGAUUGGCAUGGUUUUCGCCGAGAAGUACGUGGGCUUUUGGCUCUCGUACUUGCUACCGACUGUCCUCUUCAUCUGCUGCCCAGUCAUCUUGGCUGUCUGCAAGAAGCGCUACCGACUCACGCCUCCUACCGGCUCUGUCCUAAGCAAGUUCUUCAGUAUGUGGACCUAUGCCAUGAAGGGCAAGUGGUCCAUCAACCCGGCCACGACCUACCGCAAUUUCCAUGCCCCCGACUUCUGGGAUAAGGUCAAGCCCUCGUUGGUGCCAGUUUCGGCUCGCCCUGCCUGGAUGACUUAUGACGAUGCCUGGGUUGAUGAGGUCCGCCGCGGUCUCAAAGCCUGCGCCGUCUUCUUGUACAUGCCUCUCUGGUGGCUCGCGUACAGUCAGAUGACCAACAACUUGGUCUCCCAAGCUGCCGUUAUGGAGCGCCACGGCGUCCCCAACGACAUCAUCCAGAACCUAAACCCCAUCUCCAUCAUCAUCAUGAUCCCGUUGAUGGACUUCGUCGUGUACCCUGCCUUCCGCAAGUACAGAAUCCCCUUCACUCCUAUCAAGCGCAUGACCGUCGGCUGGGCCACCGCAUGCCUCUCAAUGAUCGCCGCCUGCGUGACGCAGUACUAUAUCUAUGAGAGAUCAGAGUGCGGCAAGUAUGCCUCGGGCGAUAUUCCCGGCACCGAGGAGUCUUGCCCUGCUGCACCUAUCAACGUCUGGGUCCAGGCCCUCCCAUACGUCCUUGUCGGUAUCUCUGAAAUUUUCACCAACGUCACCUCACUCGAGUACGCAUUUACCAAGGCUCCCGUAAAUAUGCGCUCGCUGGUCAUGUCCAUCAACUUGUUGAUGAAUGCCUUCAGCUCCGCCAUCAGCCAAGCUUUCGUCGCAUUGUCAGCAGAUCCUCUGUUGGUGUGGAACUACGCUAUCGUUGCUAUCAUUGCUUUCGUCGGUGGAUUUGCCUUCUGGUUCAACUUCCGUCACCUCGACAAGGACGAAGACAGACUCAACAUGUUGGAGGCCUCCGCCUAUGCCGGCAAACGUAGAGGCAGUGUCGCUCCUGCUUCGGUCGAGUCCGGUGAAGCUAAGCAUGUUGUUGAGCCGACUAAGGUGUAG